UUUUGUUGAAAUUCUCUACUUUUACGGAACACAGCGUUUUAGAAUUUGGAGCACUUGAAGGGACUGUGCCAGAGAAGAUGUUCAGCAUCACAUCAUUGCAGCAAGUGAAACUGAAAAACAAUACGUUUAACGAUACAUUGAAAUUGGGUGAUAGCAUCAGUCCACAGCUGCAGCUUGUUGAUCUGCAGAACAAUCAGAUUUCUAAAAUAACUCUGGCUUAUGAAUACAAACAUACAUUAAUACUUGUAGGGAACCCAGUUUGCACCAGUGGAACUAGCUCAAAUUCAUUCUGUCAGCUUCCGCAACAAGAUACAGAAACGUAUACUACUAGCUCGAAUUGUGCACGCAUUACAUGCCCCGAUAAUCAGAAGCUCAGCCCUCAGAGUUGUCAAUGUGCAUAUCCUUUUGAAGGAACAUUGUAUUUCAGAGCACCCUCUUUCAGGGAAUUGUCAAAUGUGACUAUGUUUCACUCACUAGAAACGGGUCUAUGGGAAACACUUGGCCUCACUCCUGGUUCAGUUUCUCUUAAAAAUCCUUUCUUCAACACUAAUGACUAUCUUCAAAUUCAGCUG